UCCCCUUCGAGUCCGUGUUUUAAACCGCGGUUCAUAAACCAGCUGAGGCGUUCCCGGGGGUACGGCCGGGUGGCCGUGAAGCGGAACUAAGUGAUCUGCAGCGAGACCCACCAGCCCACUGCUCUGCUGGACCUGUCGGAGAUGACUUGUUUCACUGGCAAGCAACAAUUAUGGGACCUGUAAGUAUAUAAUUCAUGCCCCUUAGAAAGUAGACCUCGUUUCCUUUUUUGUUAAGGAUUCACUUGGGUUUCUGUAAACACAGCAGUCAAAUGCAGCUGUGCUGUGUACAGAUUAAAGGUUUUGGGGUGGUAUUGUUGUUGUUAGUAGUCCGGUACUAGUUUCUUUCUGUAACUGUUCAAAAAUCUUCCCUCUUCAUGAAGUUAGGGGUGCUUAAUCAGUUAGCUGCAGUGUUUGAAUUGGACUGAUGUGGGCUGCAAAGUAGAAAGCUUGCUUUUCGGAGAUGAUCAUUUCAAUGCUGGAAGAUUCAUCCAUCUGAAAGGAGGAAGAGUGGGUGUAAUCCAAUGUUAAAGUUGGUAACUGUAAACAAGAGUGAUGUUGCACAGGGUGAUUUGAGGGCUUUUAGAUAGAGCUUAUUUGAUGGCUGUGAUGGGGCUCUGGCAAAAACGGAUGGCUUUUGCAAACUGUAGACCAGCAAUUGUGGAUACCUUUGAUUUCUGCGUGAGAAAGGCCUGCUUUCCUUGGGUUGAGGGGGAUCUCUAAAGACCCCAUUUAUGACUUGUCAAGGAAAUGGCAUAAGAAAGGACAAUAAAGCUUAAGAACAGAAAGUUUUAAAGGAAAACUGAAAAGGGUUUCAGCAUAAACAACAACAUGACCUGAGGGAAGGGAUGUUUGUUAAUAUCGUGGUAAGGAGUUUCUAUUUCUAGUGAUUUCAUUUUGGACUUACUAAUUUGGAAAGAAGAGUUUCUGGUUCAGAUGAUGAACUGAACCACUGUGUGAGUUGGAAUUUUGAGACAAUACUUAACCUGUUAAGAUGCAACAUCACACGGUGGAGAAGAGUGGAAUUGUUGACUGCUUUGAGGCUAUUUCUGCGUUUUCAGCAUAGCUGCUCUGAAGCAGUGAAAGAUGAGUUACUAAUUUGCCAGUGGCACGCUGGAGUCUGUUGUCCCGACUUGUCAAUGGCCCAGCAGCAACUGAAAUGAUUGUGGCAAGUUUUUCUGUAGGAUACUAACGCUUUUGCCAUUUUUCUUUAACAACGGUGUUCUUUCUCCUACAAAGUCACUCUGACCCUUGCCCUUCUGCAUUGCUUAAAGGUAAAUGGUGAAACCGCGAAGCAGUUAAGAGUUAACAAAAGCUUAUGUGCUCAUUGCCACCAAUAAUGUCUCUGUCCUGAAUGACUUUGACCCGAGUAAGGGAAAUACUAACACAGAGGUUCCAACCUAGAUUCCAAGUUUUUUUCUUCAAGCUUGCAAUUCACUUUCCAUAUUCUGUAGUGAAAAAUACUCUUUUCUUCGCUACAGGUUCCUCAGAUUACUCUAGUUAAAGAUAAAAAUGAGCAUCUCUUGUCAACCUUUCUCAGCCAUAUCUGCCUACAAGAAAAGAACACAGUCAGUGUGUUAAUCCUUUGUUUUGAUAACAUAAAGAAAUAGGGAUGCACAUCCUGAAUGUUUCCUGACGACCUGAGGGAAGCAUAGGACUAAAGCUUACCUUCAGAAUUCACUUCCCUUGUGUGGAAGUAGGGUAACCUCUCAUCAAUUUGGUUUACGUACCUUUCUCACAAAACAUGCUGUGACUUCACUUUCCCUUCUGUCUGAUGCUGAACUUGUCUUACCUUCAGCUUAUUUCACCUUUGACAAAUCCAUUUAGUACGCAUCCAAGCAGUCUUUUCAAACCUAACUGGAAGGACAGUGGCAAUCUCUUCUGAUGUUACCUAAUGCUGACUUCUUGGUAAUACUAUAUAUAACCUGCCUUACAUUGCAACACUGUCUGCACUUUGAGUGUGUAAGACGACAUGUCUUAGUGGGCCAUUUGUGACUCUCUUAUAUUCACCUCUAAAACUGUGAUUUUUGCUCAUUUCCAAGGUAAAUGUUUUAUUUAAAACAGCCUGCCUUUGUUUCGGUAAGAAAACCCCAAAACUUGAUCUUCUGCGCCUUUACUGAGAUCGAGUUCCUAUGUUGCUGUUUUAAACUUACAAAGUAAGGAGAAAGGUUGUCUUCUCCUUCCCUUAGUCACAUGGCAGCACUUCUCUCUAUCCUUUAGCAUUGAGACUUUCCCCCUCACUUUUCUAGUUAAUAAAAACCAGAGAUUGCCUCAACAGAUGACUGCAACAAAGUUAUUUCUAUCUAUUAACUGUGUGCAACCUGGCCGUAAACCUGUGCACAUGUUCUCUAACAAAAUGCAUGUUCACAGAUUUGUACAGGUCACAAAGAUGUUGUGUGUUUUAAAACUCCCUGAUGUCAUCAUGAUCAACUGAAUUAUGUUGGAAAAUCCUACUCUUUGCAUCUGCAAAGAGAAACCACUUCUUAAGCCUGAUAGUGCAUAUCAAGGGGGAGUAUUUUUUCUCACAGUACACUUUCCAACAGACUAUCCUUUCAAACCACCAAAGAUUGCUUUUACAACAAAAAUAUACCACCCAAACAUAAACAGUAAUGGGAGUAUUUGUCUUGAUAUCCUGAGAUCGCAGUGGUCACCAGCUCUGACUGUAUCUAAAGUUUUAUUGUCCAUAUGCUCCUUACUUUGUGAUCCUAAUCCAGAUGAUCCUUUAGUACCGGAUAUUGCACAGAUCUACAAGUCAGACAAGGAAAAAUACAACAGACAUGCAAGAGAAUGGACUCAGAAAUAUGCAAUGUAAACUUGUGAAGACUUUUUCAUAUACCACAGAGUACUGUAAAUUCUAGGGGUUUUUUCAAAAUUAAAAGGAAAUGGAGCGCAGUUUACUGUUUCAAUGUAUCAUGAUGCCCCUUGAGUUUUUUUUUUCACCCAUGUGAGUGUGUUUCUGGAGCAAGGGAGAACAAACUUCCAAAAAUAACCUUAUGACUGUGAUAAGAAUAUUUAUCCUCCUUGUAUGCUUUGCAGAAGACAUUUAUUACAGUUUUUAAGAGUUGGACAUCUGCAUCUUCAGACUACGAGAUCCAUAAUGCAGUUGUAAAGCAACCAAAUUAUUUUUGCUGGAAAAAGUAGCUGGUUUUAUGUGAUGAAUACUGUAUGUGUGUCCUUAAAGUAUGUUGUCUGUUUCAUAAGUGUGUUCAAAUUUCAUUUUGUUAGUUCACUUAUAUAAUUUGUAUUUUUUUUACUGUAUAGUCUAAGUAUUUUAUUUACCAUGUAAGUAAUUUCAUUUUAGACUUACUUGCUUGUGCACAGUAUUGACAAGAUACAACUGCUAGUAAUGAAAAUAAUGGGAGUAUCCCACCGGUUAGGAUAUUCUAAAGACUGACUGCAGAUUUCUUAAAACCUAAAAUGAUCUUUGCACUGUAAUUCUUUGUACGCUGAUUAUGGAGAAACACUUGUUUUCGAUUCUGUUGCAUACUUGACUUAAUUUUAUUGCAAUGUGAACUAAUUGCACUGCUAUGUAGAAAGAUGUGUAACCGUUUUGUUGCUAUUCACAAAAGAUUUUUGACAUGUGGGCAACAUAACACUAUCACAGACCUUUUACAAAUCUUAAAUGUAGCCUUUUCCAUAUAAAUAAAAUGCAUUUUCUACUACUUGUCUUGGCUUUUUUUUUUUUUAAUCAUGCAUACCCUGGAAGUGCUUGUUCUAACAUUAAAGACUCAAAUUUUAAGUGUGCAUGUGUGGUGGAGGCAAAAGGGAAAGUCAAGCCGUGCAUCGUGUACUACCAAGAACAGUGUUGCCAUUAAUUUUCAUGCUAGCUUUGGCCUAAUUUAUUUUGCAUGCUAUGCCCAUUGUUUUAUACAGGAUUUCAACUAGUUCAGUGACACUUUACAUCUAUAUUAAUUUAUGGAAGAAAUAACCCCAAGUGUUUGACCAUCAAACACUUAAGGUGGGGUAUUUGUGGUGUCAGAACGUUACAGUAAACUUGAAGUGAACUUUUCCAUUAACUGGCACUUUGGUUGCUUCAGACUCUGCAUGUGGAAAACCAGUAGUGCUGGAGAGGGACGGUCUUUCCUAUAAAGCAGAUUAAAAGCAGUAGGAUUUUGAUUUCCUGCCUUGAUACAUUCUUCUUGGGUAUCUGAAAAUAAAAAUGAGUGACUUCCUGUUUUUCUGUGUACCUUGCACAUGAAAGGAAAGUGAGUUGCAGUUGGGAAAUUUGUCAUCGUAAGAACACAUUUUUACGACUACAAAAACAGUUGGGUUUUUUGCUGUAGUGAAUGCCAAACUGGAAUUUGGGUUGUGGGUGGGAAGCGUGCACAGUAGGAGCUUUUAUUUAUUCUUGGUGUUGUUAUAUAUAGUAUAAGGAUAUUGAAUAGUUAUCUUUGUGCUUGCUGACCUAUUGACCGAAGUGGUGCCAAGUUGGUCACGUAUGGGGAAAAUGUCACUUCUGUGCUAUCACUGAUGUAACGAUGACUUUUGAAACAAAAGCUUGAUGGAGAACGGCUCUAUUGAUCUUCAAGUAUCCUCAUUCAGAAUGGAAGCUGAAUAAUUGUGGGGGUUUGGGUUAUUAAAAUGACUGCUUCGUUAUACUCGAGCUAGGACAACGUAGCUAGGGGGGCAAAGCCAUUGUUUGUACUUAACUGCUGAAAGGGUGGUAGAAAGCUUUGACUGUCGGGAUACUUUCUUUUUUUCUGGAUCGGUAGUCAUCUGUUUGUACUGAAGUUAUUUAAAUGUUUGCAGUAUUGGUGUUGAACUGUGUGAAACGGGAAGUUUGACUUGCACCCGGGAAUGCUCUCCUUUGGUUUACGGAUUUGUAUUAGGGCUGGUUCGCAAACACUUGGACUUCAACGGGUUCGUUUUUCUGCUGCGUGCCGUACGUGCGAGAAUGACUUCGAAUCGCAGCGCAAGAGCAGC